AUGCCUGAGCCAAUUCCGGUUUAUCAGCCGCCUUUUCCGUUUCCUUCCCGAGUUGCCCUUAGUCCACCAGAAAGAGAGCAUCUAGAGUUUGUUAAGCAUGUGAAGGGUAUCCCGAUUAAUACUACCUUUGUCGAGUCCUUAUCCAAAAUUCCCGAGUAUCAAAAAUUAUUUCAAGCCUUGAUAGACACCCAUAAGCAAUUAAAGAAGCAUUCCAAGGUGAUUCUAAGUGAGCAAAGCUCAAAAGUAGUGUUGGGAGAGAUACCUAAGAAGAUGGGGGAUCUUGGACGCCUCACUCUUCCAUGUGAAUUUGGGAAUAACAUGAAGAAGUUGGAUAUUCAGAAGUUGAAGGCUACACGAAUGAAUAUUCACAUGGCGAACCGUUCAGUGACACAGCCCCGGGGCAUUGUGGAGGAUAUUCUGGUAAAAAUUGGAAAAUAUGUUUUUCCAAUAGAUUUUGUAGUGUUGGAUAUGAAAGAAGAUCCCGAUGUUCUAAUUAUCCUUGGUCGUUCAUUACUUAACACUGCUGGAGCUCUUGUUGAUAUUCGCAAGUCUAAGCUCACCUUGAGGGUUGGUGAUGAAAAAGAAAUUUUUGGGAUAGAGGAUGGCUUUCAAGAGAAUCAUGCUCAAGAAGAGGUGUUCACCGUUGGUGAAGAUAAUGAACUUGAAGAAUUAGAAAAUCUCAUGGAAGAUGAAAUUAAGACAAUUCAUCAAGUCAAACGAACAAAACCAAGAGCAUCUGUUCCAUAUUUAGUUGAAGUCAUUGCUUACAAGAGUCCACUUUCUUGGGUGAGCGAGGAAGAUGAUGAAAUGACAAGUGAUGAAGAAGAGGUUACUUCAAGGAUGACAAGGAAAAUGGUGAAAUAA